GGAGCUCGUGUUUAAUCCAGAUAUGUCCUUUUUCCCUUUUCACAAGGUCCACCAUUUUCUUGGAUUUAUAUGUAUACCACAUGCUGUAUAUUGUAGUUGUAGACCACUAGAACCCCCUACCCCCCUUCUCACUUUAUCUCAACUCUCAAUUAUCACGUGCUCAAUUCAUCCAUUAAAGACACCUUUUUCUCUAUCACACAAAUUCAAAAAAUAUUAGACUUAUUCAAGCACAAGAAUUUGGUUAAAACUAUUCCAACUGUUUGUCCGCCUAACUUCCCUUUUCCCAUUUACUCCCAAAUUUGUUUCCCCAACUUUUAAAUAGGAGCAUUCAUCAACCACAAUUUUCAGCUCAAAACAUCUGCCCAAGGAAGGCUCUUUUUCCCCCCUAUUCAGUUUGUCAUUUCGUCAAACAUGUGGAGUACGAAGAACUCAUCCCAUGGCCAGGGGAAAGGGAAAGCGCUCGAGAUAUCGAAUUUCGCCCAAACCUGCAAUCUUCUCAGUCGGUACAUGAAGGAGAAGGGCACGCUUCGAGAUUUGAAUCUCGAAAUCGGUGGAAAAGUUGAAAGCCUCGAAGCUCUAGUGAAGCCUGGAUCAUCUCUUGUUGCGCCGACACCUGCGAGCUCCGAUUUAGCGAUAAACAGUGGGAAAUCGGCGCAUACGGCGUUGGAAAAUCCGGUGGAUGAUGCUUCCAAUAAAGCUAGCACAAGCAAAGAUGGAAGAAGCAAAGAUCCCAAGAGCGCGCAAUUGACCAUUUUUUACUCCGGGAAAGUGUUGGUUUUCGACGAUUUUCCGGCGGAUAAGGUUCGAGAAGUCGUGCACGUAGCGAAAAAGAGCAGUUCGAAAAUGUCUUACGGCAUCACAUCGAGCGGGGCCGUUCCGGAGAGACCGAACCCUGUGGCCUCGACGUCGGGUCCUCGAGAAGGGCUGCCGCCACGGCCUCAAGGUAAGCAGCCCGUUGGCAUUUCGUCGAACACCUGCAAGGAGAGGAUGAGUGGUAGCACAAAUGAAGCUGGGCCGUCGAGUUCGGAAGCUCGAGAAGAGCUCUCACCUACUACUUCUGAGGGUAGUGGAUCAGAUUUGCCAAUUGCAAGGAGAUCAUCGCUUCAUAGGUUUCUUGAGAAGAGGAAAGAUAGAGCUGCUGUCAGAGGGCCAUACCAUAAUCAAGAUCAUAUUGCCCCAAUCUUCAAGGGUUCGCGCGAUGUCUCCGGUGAUCCCGUUCAAUGGCUCCAAGUCUGCACCGACCUCGAGAACCUCAAGUCGACGAUGGGUUCAUUUGCUGUUCAUUUGGAACUAGCCCUUGUCGGAUUUGCUUCAAGUCUGCACCGACCUCUAGGGUUUUAGGGAUGGUUAGCAGAUUUUCGUAUUUUUUUUAUAAAUUUAAAAGAGCUUGACAAAAUGACGUCAUUUUACAUGACUGCUGGUGCAUCCACGACUGCAAAUUUUGGGAGACACGUCAUCUAAGAUUUUAUAGGGAUUGUCAACUCAUGUGCAAAUUGCAAUUAAAUCAAAAGGUGAUGUAUUGUGGAGCUAUUUUUGAAGGUCAUGUGCAAUAUGCAAAUUCGAUGAUAGUUCGUGUAUUUUCGGGCUAUUAAUUGUAACACCCCAAUUUUCUUAAACUUUUCAAACUAAAAACUUGAAGAACUAAUAGUUAAAAAUAAAAUUUCUUGA